AUGUCGGUCAAACCAACAAGGCGUCUAACUCGCCCCGCGCUUUUCAUAACAACGACGCAGAAGAUGCUGCGCGCGGCGCAAAUCCUCUCCAUCCCCGUCUACGUAACGACGCAAAACCGUGCCCGCCUAGGCGAGACCUGCUCCGAGCUCCUCCCCCUCUUAAAUUCCGCCGUCGAGGAUGUCGAUAAAAAAUAUUUCUCCAUGUGGCUCCCCGAAAUAACCCGACACUUCAAAUUCUCCUCUGAGAUUGUCAUCGUUGGUAUCGAGAGCCACAUUUGCGUGACGCAAACGGCAAUAGACGCUUUACGGGAGGGCCAUAAGGUGUAUGUGCUUGCGGACGGAGUUAGUAGUUGUAAUAAGGAGGAGGUGGGGAUUGCGCUUGACAGGUUGAGGGCGGCGGGUGCGAUUGUAACGACGAGUGAGAGUUGGAUUUAUGAGUGUAUGGGGGAUGCCGGGAUUCCGGAGUUUAGAGAUAUUGCUGGGCUCGUGAAGGAGUAUAAUGGGAAGACGAAGGAUGUUCUCGGUACUCUGUUGAGCAAGAUGUAG